CACUGUUUUUAGGCAGAUAAAAUAUGUUGCCAAUCAUUGGAAUCACUUUGGGAAAUGCUUUCAGCUUAUUUUUUCUUCAUAUUUUUGUAAUUAUGGUCUAGGAUUGAAUUAUAUUUUUCAGUUCUUAAUGAAAAUGAUCAUAUGCAAUCUAAGAUUGCAACUUAUUGUACUGUAUUUUUGUAGCUAUAUCUUAUGAUAGUUUGUAGGAGAAGUAGGUUCCAGUUUUAUACAAGGAAACCUAAGUCAUCUGUAAUUUGGCAAAUGUUUUCCCUUGUUCCUCUAUACUGAAAUUUCAAAGCCUGAACAGGCUUACACCAGAAAAUGUACAAAGGGGGUGUAGUAGAAGAUAACCAAAUGGAUCAUCAUCGCCUCCGGCUUCAUGGAAUUUAUCUCCUUUGCGGUUUUUCUCAAUGUUUGACCUGCCGUGUGUGGAAGCCACUACUGUCAGAAAUCAUUUGUUCUGAAACACAAAGACAAGACUGGUGCAGAUUGUUCAUCACAGAAAUAUUGCAGACAAGCAGGUUGAACAGUAAGCUUCUUGAGGAAUGCCAGCACUUUUUCUAGCUCUGGCGACAAAGGGUUGCAGAAAAUAUAUCUGUUGAAAUCACACAUCCCAAAAUUUUCUCAAGAAAUCAUCAGCGAAGAUGCAAAUGAAAUUUUCGGGUGGGAAGUCUGGGUUAUCUUCUAUAAGCAUGAUAAAUGGAAAUGCUGGUAAAAUUUUCAUUGGAGAUAAUUCAAUGUUACAGCAACCAGAUAGAUGGUAUGAUGUGAAAAUAUGUGGUCCAUUUCCAUGAAUUAUGCUAGCAACUCCAGAUUUCUCUGUGAUCUAGUAUGACAUCCAUCCUUUCUACCUAGUGAGGUCAUGACGGUUGGAUGUUGUGCUAGCAUCCUCUGUAGUGGUCACAGAAAAAAAAAUCCAAUGGAGAUGGCAACUUCUAUCAAUCUUUUGUUAUUUAAUCAUCGGAUGGACUUCCAAAAAUAUGGCAUUUUCACUUGGAAUUUUGAUUGUUUAUAAUUUAUUAUUAAAAUGUAGUCAAGGUAGACUACCAAGGCUAGAAAAUACUAAUAAUUGUUUUUGUUGUAUAAAUAGGGUUGAUCUAAAUACUAGAAAAUACUAAUCAUUGAUUUUUGUCGUAGAAAUGGCACUUCACAUCACACCAAAGGUAGAUAGUCGACAAAUUAUAACCGUUUUCAUUGAAGCAACUUUUAAGAGCUUUUCGUCAGGUUCUAUCAAUUAAGAUUGCAUAUAAUUGUGGCAUAAAAUGGAAAAGGUGGUUAUUUGGCGGCAAGUUGAUAAAAGCUCCACUAACUUGGUGAAAUUCUCUUAUGUUGGAAAUUACAUAUUUGAUAGAAGAAUACAGCAUUUCAUGUUUAUUGGUUUGUGAAUAUAGAAUUUUCUUUUUAAGAAAACGUGCAUAGAUUUUAACUUGGUGAAAUUCUCUUAUGUUGGAAAUUACAUAAUUGAUAGAAGAGUACAGCAUUUCAUGUUUUAUUGGUUUGUGAAUAUAGAACAUUCUGUUUGAGAAAAUGUGUAUAGAUUUUAUAUUUGCCAAAAUGGUACACCUAGCAAUUUCAUUAACAAAGUCACACCCACAAUAAUAAAAUGAGAAAGAAUGAAUGAAGUUGAGUAUAGAUUAUGGAUUAUUAUUUGAACUUUGGAUAAACUAAUGAAAAGUAGAUAAAUGCUGAGAUGAUGAUCCAACAUUGCAUUUACAAACUUUAUACUACUAGUUUUGGUUACCCAAUUCCUUGUUGAAGUACUCACUUUUUGUAGCUCGUCACAUUUCUUUAGUUUUUCCCAUACUUAAUCCUAGUUAAAUCAGGCAGGCUCCAUUUUCAGAUGGAGAAGAAAGAGUUUGGAAGUCUUUGAUGAACAUAUAUUUGGUUCAACUUUAUGCUGUCUUAAUCCAAGCAACAGAACAAUUUUGUAGCAUUUGCCAACACAUACUGACGUGUCUUUCUGUUCAGACGCCUUUGCCCUCGCUUCAAGUUUGACACGCGUAAAUGUUUUAAAAUGCCAGUUAGCUAUAAAUCGGAGUCUUGCUCUUUAGGAUUAUCACAGUGGUUGGGUACGCAAUUAAAAGCAGCAUCGUCUCUCAAAUGGGCUCUUCAAGAACAUUUUGUUGAGACCCAUGGUUUCCUCAGUCCUCAAAGAUACAGAAAGAGAAGAAGAAAGCGGUGCUUGUUUCUGAAUUACCUUCAGAUUUGCCCAAUUCAUAGGAACCUUCCCCCUGAUUUUGUUGUAUCUGUAUAAUUUUCCAGGACCUCUACGCCGUGCUUAUAAAUGACCUGGGGCGUGAUUCGCUUGAGUCUAUGAGGAUCAUGGCCCUUUGGCUAUGGCUGGAGCAGUCUGGAUUCAAGAGUGUUGUGAAGAAAGCCCUGUCCUUACCCACAUUUCUUAUCAAUGAACUUGCAAAUGAAGCUGUCAUAUGCCUUAAACUCAUUGAAAACAAUGAAGCUGUCAUAUGGCUUUGCUCACCUGAAUCCAUAGACCUCUCACUGACCAAAAGCUUAGUUUACAAGGAAAUCUCAGCCAUGUAUUUUCACGAAAACCGGGUAUUGAUUGUCAAAGGAAUGACCAAGAUUAUUAAGGAUGUUUGUGUCAGGACAAUGAAGGACAUCAUGGAGGAAGCCAUGGAGAGAAACCUCAUCCACCAUAUGAGCUUGAUGGAUAUGAGCAGCCCCAUGCCCUCCACCACUAAUAUUAGUAGGAAUACAACAAGGUUCUUGUUCAAUCUUAAUGCAGGUGGGUCCCAGGGUCGAGAGGAAGUGCUGCACCCGGAUGAAAGGACAAUGUUUGUGACGUUCUCAAAGGGCUACCCGGUUACUGAAAUGGAGAUCAAAGGAUUCUUUACAUGGGUCUAUGGGGAUUGCAUUGAGUCUCUAUACAUGCAAGAAGUGCUUCCUGGAGAACAAUCUUUGUUUGCAAGAAUUGUGUUUUAUUUGCCUGUUGCUAUUGAUAUGAUCCUAAAUGGUGCAGACAAGGCUAAGUUCACCAUCAAUGGCAAGCAUACGUGGAUACGCAAGUUUGUGUCCAAACGUCAUAUGUACUAUUCUUCUUCAUCAUCAUCAUACUUCAUGGAUUCAACUUCAGUGCCAUCGAGUAUCAACAUGGCUCCUUAUAACAGACGCCUAUUCUCUCGGUUCAUGUAGGCUUGCGUUAUCAUUUUCACUUUUUUAUUUUCAAUUACUAGUCCCCAACCACAACCACAGACAUUUAAUGGUUUCAGCAUGAUGAUUAUUGUAUUAAUCUAGACAAAGACACCCUUUAUUUGUUAAUCAUUUAAUAUUGAUUGUAUCAAUAAGUUUAUUUCAACUUAUUCAACCGUUCUUAUUAUGAGAUUUGUUAAUUGAAAAGUUUUU